GGCCCUCAGUGGAUUCCCACGGAUAUUUGGGACCGUUGUAAUCCAGAAUGUGGUCCAGGUACUCAACGAAAGGUCUUCUCUUGUGUGCAAAAUGACCGAUACAACACAACUGUCCUUCGGCCUGAGAGGUUUUGCGGACCCCUACCUCAGACCUUCCCACCAGAGGCGAUACGCCAGUGCGACUGGGGUGAUUGUAGCAAGAAGACGUGGUGGCGGACCUCAAAUUGGUCGAUUUGUUCUCAGCCCUGCGGUGACCAUGGAUUCACGACACGCGAAGUUGAAUGUGUCAUGGGCGGAGACGAGGGAGAAAUUGUCAUCAGCCAGAAGUUUGAAGAUCCAUUCUGUGACCCAAAAAAGAGGCCUGAGUCCCAUGGCGUCUGUAAUAGAUUCAACUGCCCUGCAGAGUUUCUGGCACUCGAAUGGCAAAAGUGCGAGCAAAAGGAUCCCUGCAAGAGUGGUUUUCAGACCCGCCAACUAUCGUGCCGUUCAUUGCAUACAAAUGGGACUUAUGUGGAGUUACCAAAGAUUGCUUGUUACAUGGGUCGGAAGCCUCCUCCCUCGACUUGGCGACGGUGUUUCAUCCCCGAGGUCAGCGCCAUGUGCACUCAAAAGGAUCCAGUUAUCGACGAGGUGAAAAUGGUCGUAGUGCAGAUGCGAGCUGUCCGAAAAAUGAGUCUUCAAGUUGGCCAAGAAGCCUAUAUCCUUCCGACGACAAGGCUAUCAAUCAAAUGCCCCGUGAAGUUUUUUCCAGGCUCGAGUCUCGUUUGGCGACACAAAGUGCUUGGUAAUUUUACCUACACUGGUGACGCUCGCAACACCACAAAUUCGAGGUUCGUGAGUAAAUCUGGACAUUUGGUUAUUCGGCGUUUCUCGGGCGCUGACGCAGGCGAGUGGCGCUGCUUUGCAGGCAACGAAGGAACUAGCGCCGCGAUUACACUCCACUACAAUCUUCCUUCACAGGGUCUUGCUGAUUGGGCAGCGAGAACCCCCAAGCGCAAUAUAGAGACGCAAAACGAGGACCCCGCUGUGGUAAUGACAAGACAGAAGUUGGUACAGUGGAUCGAAGGUCCCUGGUCCAACUGCUCGGUUCCCUGCGGCGGACAGGGGAUACAGACCCGCGUGGUGCGAUGCGAACUUCUUGAUACUGGGGUCUACCAUGUGCUCGAGGACUCCGAGUGUGAGCGCCAGUUUCUUGUCAAACCGAAAACACAGCGAGUCUGCACAAACCUGCCCAAGUGUCCAACCUGGCAACUUAGAAAUGCUGACUAUUCAAAGGUAACAGUGUGUAUUUCAUGUAACUCAGCUCUUUCGUAG